UAACAAAGUCCUAAGGAAGAAAGUCCAAAACAAAACAGCUUCCGCUGAGAGUUCUCACUUCUGUUGCAGGUCCGCGCCCAAGGAUUAUCCAAAGGAACCUGAAGAUCCUACACACACAGUUAAAGUCAAAAUUCAAGAAAAAACAAAAGUGUGGUGGCUCCCGCGGCGGCGAGUGGCCCGGGCCGACGACGUGAGGCGCAGGGCGGCGGUCAAUGAUCUUUGAGCAGGGGCCGCGGGCCUUGGCGAUCGCAGAGAGCAAGAUGCAGAAAACCGCCUACUACGACAACGCGGGGCUCUUCGGGGGCUACACGUACGGCAAAGCCGAUGCCUACCCCUACGGCGCGGCCCAGCAGCCCUACGGUGCGGCCGGCCUGGACGGCGAGUACCCCGGCUCCGCCUGCUCCGUGCAAAGCUCCGCGCCCGGCCGCGGCCCGGCCCCCAAGGGCCCCGAGCUGGGCGGCAGCUGCAUGCGAACGGCCGGGGGCGGCCCCGGGGGCAGCCAGCCCCCCGGCAUCGGCGAGCAGCAGCCCCCGGCUCUGCCGCCGUCCUCCCCGCCCAAUCCCUCCAGCGCGCCCCCCCCGAAAAAAGCCAAGGGGGGGCCCAACGCCUCCGGCUCGGCCUCCGCCACCCUCAGCAAGCAGAUAUUUCCUUGGAUGAAGGAGUCCCGGCAGAACUCCAAGCAGAAAACCACCUGCCCCCCCUCAGGAGAGAGCUGCGAGGACAAGAGCCCCCCCGGGCCGGCCUCCAAGCGGGUGCGCACCGCCUACACCAGCGCGCAGCUGGUGGAGCUGGAGAAGGAGUUCCACUUCAACCGCUACCUCUGCCGGCCGCGCCGCGUGGAGAUGGCCAAUCUGCUGAACCUGACCGAGCGGCAGAUCAAGAUCUGGUUCCAGAACCGCCGCAUGAAGUACAAAAAGGACCAGAAAGCCAAAGGCAUCAUGCACUCCCCCGCGGGCCAGUCCCCGGAGCGCAGCCCCCCGCUGAGCGGCGCGGCCCACGCCGGCUACUCGGGGCAGCUGCCCGCCGUCGGCGGCCUGGGUUACGACGCGCCGUCGCCCACGCCGUUCGCCAAGGCGCAGCAGAGCAUGUACGGGCUGGCCGCCUACACGGCGCCGCUGGGCGGCUGCCUGCCGCAGCAGAAGCGCUACGCGGGCGCGGAGUACGAGCCGCACCCCCUGCAGAGCGGCGGCGGCUUCGGCAACCCCGGCCUGCAGGGCAGUCCCGUCUACGUCGGGGGCAACUUCGUGGACUCGAUGCCGGCCUCGGGACCCGUCUUCAACCUGGGCCACCUGCAGCAUCCCUCCUCCGCCAGCGUGGACUACAGCUGCGCUGCGCAGAUCCCCGGCGGCCACCACCACGGACCUUGCGACCCCCACCCCACCUACACGGACCUCUCCUCGCACCACGCGUCUCAGGGACGGCUGCAGGAGGCCCCCAAGCUCACGCACCUGUAGCGGCCGGGCCGGCGGCGGCGAGCGGAGCGGGCUCGCCUCUAUUACCUCACUCCUCCGACGGGACGGGGCCGACGGGGCGGGUGCGUGCCCCCCGGGGCCGCCCCUUUGCU